GGCAUGGUGCAUCAUCCGGAUCAAUGGGUGAGAGUGAAAGUUCUAAAGCUCAACAUCUUGGAAGAUAUCGAGAUGAUCCUUUAUCCGAAAUGCUCAACGCUCCUGGGAUCAUGGUGACCGCUGUACAGAACAAAGAACGUUCGGCAGAAAGGGAAUUCAUCGACUAUUUGGAACAAGUAGUAGAUGAAUUAUACCCUGAAACUGUCGAGGUAGAUGUUAAAGAUGACCCUGAGGAAGAAGAAGAUUUAGAGAAAAUGUUGAAAAAGGAAUUAGAGGGUAUGUCUGGAAAAGGAAAACAGAUGUCAACCCGGUUUAGAUUAUGUAGACAUGAAGUAGCAUGUGUCUUUUACGUCGUUUGUCUACCACCUUUAGAACCACUCAAAAUAAUCUUACACAUUCUUGAGAAAAUGGAAAAGACAGCUAAAUGUCCAUUCAAAUUCGUCAAACGUACUAUACCUAUCCAAGCUGCUAGUGGAGCUACGCUUGUACAAUUGAAAGAAUCUUCCAAGUCCAUCAUCGCAAGAGGUUUUGAACCGGUUUUAUCGGAGGAUAAAUCUUUAAGAUUCGGAAUCAUCGUCAGCGCUAGACAUUGGGACAAACUUCAAAAAUUAGAUAUGAUCAAAAAUCUGGCUGAGAAUGUCGAAGAGCUAGGAAUGGGUCAUAAGGUGGAUUUGAAUAACCAAGAUAGGACUAUAUUAAUAGAGGCGUAUAAAAAUAGUCUGGGAGUUUCUGUGGUGAGAGAAUAUGAGAGAUAUAAAAAGGUUAGUUUUGAUGUUUCCUGCUGGCCCUUCCUUCUCUUACCCUUUGCUCACCAUUGA